UUUUAAGAAUCAGUUUUGAAAAGAGUUUCAUAAAAGCAACAAAUCAAAAAUGAGCUUUAUUUUUCUUUGUGAAAUAAUUAUGUUUAUAUUUAUUUUUAAAAUAAAUAAAAUCACUUCCAUUGGCCAAAUGUACAACACAGUCGAAAAUAAACAAUAUUAUGUGAACCAAGAUAAAGAGUAUACUUUUGAUAAUAGUAUAAUUGAAUGUUUAAAACUGAACAUGACAUUGGUCACAAUUGAGACAAUAGCGGAGGAGAAGGCGUUAGGUGAAAUGUUAUUAAAUAAAACUAUAUUUCCACAUAUGCCUAGAUUAUGGAUUGGUGGUCUUAGGAUACCAGAAACACGUACCUAUAUAUGGAUUUCUAUAGGUAAACCAUUCGGUAACUGGUAUCGUGGAAUUCCAGAUUAUGACAAAGACUGUGUUUUUAUUGGCUGGAGUGAUCAAUAUCAAUGGACUGAUGGUACUUGUUCGAAUAAACGUGGAUAUAUAUGCGAACAUCAGAGUGAGAGAAAAUUACAAGAAGACCACGAAAAGUUAAAGGAAAACUUAAAAAUGGAAAUUCAAAAACGAGAAAAUUUACAACUGCAAUUAAACAAUGAAAAAGAGUUAUCAACAAACCUCAAGGAACAGUUACAACAAAUCAAGACGAUGGAAGAAAAACGAAAUCAAGCAUUUGAAAUACAAACACAAAACAAACAACUAGAACAACAAUUACAAAAUGGUGAACCGAAAUUAGUGCCAGUGCUAAAGAAUCAACUGCAAGAAUAUCAGCAAUUAAUUGAACAGAACGAAUAUAAAAAGCAUAAAUAUUUUGAUCUUAUGUUUCCAAAUAUACAAAAUGCUUAUUUUCUGAAUAAUAUACAUUAAAUUUGACUGUUUUUAAUAAUAUUGAACGAUUAAUUUAAAUAAAUAUUUGAGCACUCAAGUGAA